AUGGAUUUCACUUCUCGGAUUCAUUUUAUAACAAAUCCAAGCAAUGACAACACACUUGUUUAUAGAUUUGAUCUAUCGGACUUCAAAAAAUUGUCAAAUCGUUUCUUUCCGGAGAUUUCCGAGCUACUCGCCAUUGGUGCUUUCUAUGAGUACACGAAAAGUCUAAUAAAAGAGAAUUCCGAUAAGCGAAUCGUUUUUCAAUUCCCUUUAAUUAUCUACUAUAAAUGUUUCUCAAAUUUGAAACUGAACUCCAUGCAAAGACAUACGAAAACAAAAGGUGAGCUGAAGAGUGCAAUCGAGUUUGUCGUCCGAGAAGGGUUUCCCAGUGAGAACAUCGAUUUCUCUGGGGAAAUCACCGCCAAUUUUUCCCCAUUUCUCACCGUUUACCGAAGCAACACUCCGUAUAGAAGUGCUACUCAAGAAUAUGAAUUAUUGAAAAGUUUAUUGGUGGAAAAAUUUUCUCUCAAAGUUUGCCAUCAAGAGGUCGAUUUGUCACCGAGAUUUUACAAAUAUUCAAUCGAUGGAACGAACAAUGAACGCUUCAAAUUUAUCACAUUCACUCAAAAACAAGAGACACGAAUGAAAAUCUUUCGAUUGAAUUUUUUAAAGUUUUCGGAGGAAAAUCACUUCGCUAUCUAUUUUGAGUUCUACUAUCAAAAGCCGAAGAGAUCUCAAGGGAUUCUCGAGACGAUUCACCGCUUUCUUCCACUAAUGAACUCAUCAUGUGAUUGUUAUUAUAUG